CUCAUGUUACAGUGUUUGUGUAGAAUCCAUAUGUUACAAAAGUAUCCUAAAAGGAAAGACUGAUUUUUCUUCUGCCCAACAGCCUUCCCGCUCUACGGAGGACUGCAGGCUUGCUCCCAUAUCCCCCUGCGCUGGAUUCCCGCUCUACGAGGCUGCACCAGUGGUAUACACCCUGUUCUGGUGGUAUACUAUAUGUGCUUAUAUAUAUUUUUAUAUACUCAGUAUGUAAAAAUAUAUUAUAGACACAUAUACUUUUCAGGGUGGCACAUUCACACCAUAGGGGCAAAUGGGCAUUCUUCAGCUGGCUACGACUGGAGUGCUCAGAUAGCUAAUUUGCAAUAGAAGUUGCUGGAUGCAGAUAGCGAAGAGGAAAUGGUCAGACGGAGGUGGGAAACAAUCUCUAACAUCAUGGAGGCAAAAUGUGCUCUCAAGUACCUGAUAACUGAGCUCGUCUCAUCCAAAGUGACGGGCAGUAAACUGGAAAGCAGAAUAAGGCUCAUGUUGCUGAUCUACAAAAAAACAUCUUUGAGGAAAGGAAUCAGAUGGCAGAGAUGGAAACUGAGCAUCAGAGUCAGCUCAUGCAAUUGGAGCAACAUCAUCAGGAAAAGGAUGAAGAAAUAGAGAAAAUUAAGGAAUUAUGUGAAAAGAAUCAGCAACUGUUACAAGAGAAUGACAUGUAUAAACAGAAACUAGCCCUUCUUCACGUUGCAAGUGGGAAGAAGCUGCACAACAUCCUACCAGCAGCUGUAAUAUGCUCACCAGACUCUUCCUUCGACUUCAUCCCACCUAAGCCAAGAGGCAAAAGGCGGACAAAUGCAAAAACUUCUGCGGUUAUCCUAGAGGACCUGCUGUCUGAGUCUGAAUCUGAGGAGGAGGAAUGCGAUGAUAAAAACUGGGAACCUGGAUAUAAUUCAAAACAGAGCAAGAAACUGACAAGCAGGGAUGAAGGAAACCGUGAAGAUCAGUCUCUUGAAUCUGAGAACUCAAAGAUCGAUUACCCAGAUGUAACAGCUGGUGGGUCAUUCUUCACUCCACCCUGCGUGACACCUACUAAGAAGGUGCUGCGUGAGAUUAGCGACAUUGGUCAGGUUCUGUCUAUCAAGCUGCAAUGCAAGCCAAGCACUGCUUCAGCUUCUGCAUCUGUCAUGGAAUCUCAAGAGAACCAGACUUCCAUCCUGACGAAGAAGAAGAAAGUCUUGUGCAACAGCAACACCAGCUUCUUUUCUGGCUGCUCGGCAAUUACAGAGGAUAAAUAGAUCAUGCCUGUCUAUCUCGUCCUGCUGUUUCCAUGUUUAGUGCCAGCACUGCGUAAUGCUCUGACCAAUACAACCAUGCAGAUAUGCAUACCCAGGCAAGGCAGAUUUUGAUUGUCCAAUGCAGUCUUUGUUGGUAGCACAUGCUACGGACAGUUGAAACACACUUAGAAAUUAGCAAUUACAAAUUAAAUGUUAACUUGAUUUGUACAUGUGUUUUGUGUAGUGGGCAAGCCCUGUAUUUCUGUUUCUAUUCCCUAAGUGUAUUAAAACGUGUCUGUGUUUGGCCCUAUUUACAGUGUACACACUGUUAACACUGACUUUUUUUCUACUCGGAAGGCAAGGAGUCAAAUGUUGAAGUUUUAAAGCCAUCUUUGUUUUAAUUUAUGGCAACCAAAACAGCUAUUAGCCAAUUAACACUCCCUGCAUCGUCUUGGCAGUUUGGCUGGUGGCUGAUUCAUACAGGUUGUAAAGUCUUUGCCCAACAGGCAGCCUUGUCUUGGUCAGUAGUCUUUUAUCAUGGAUACCACUGAAACCUGUGCCUGCCAAAACUUGUAAGUGUCUAAGUCUUGUCUCUUCCUGUUCCUGUCCCCUUUUAUGUUGAAAUUUUAGUGUGAAUGAGUCCAAUGUGGCUAUUCAAAUAUUUUUGAUUAUUUUAUUGCUAAUAAAAUAUAUAAACAAA